AUGCAAAAGUUUGUAAGAGAAGUGAAAGAAUAGAAGAUAAAUAUGUGCCUAAAUUGUUAAGUUCUUUUGAACAAAUUGAUAAUUUAAAUAAUGAAAAAAAAAACAUCAAUAAGUUGUUUAUUUUUGGUUUGCUUGGGUUGUCUUCUUAUGAUAUAAAACUUUGUAGAUGUAAAUAAUGAUAUGAUAUAAUUUAAGGAUGAAGAGACCAAUUUACAAAGAAUACAAGAACUCAUAGGAGAUGUAUGUUUAGAUGUUGGUAUGUGGAUGUUAUAUAUAUUAGAUUAUUAACCGUCAUCAAGUUAAAUAUCAGAGGCAAAAAGAUUAAGGGAUGAGUUAUUAUCAACUAAUAAAAGGAUAGGAAUUGAAUAUAUUGCUGAAAAUGAUGGAGCAAUAUCAUCUGAACAAUAAUAAGAGACAGUAUAAGCAAUUGGUAAUAUGCUACUACCUUGGGUGAUUCUUUUCAUAAUAUCAUUUUUCACUUACAUAACUUUGAUUAUAUGUUGUAGUGAUUGGUAUGUUAAAAAUUAAAUUUAAAAGUUGUCCUUGUAGAUGUUGUAGAUGUACGCAAGCCUAAAAAAUUGAUGAUAUUAGAAUAUCCUUAGCAUUUUCAUUACUUUUUGGUGUUAUUAUCCUGGCAUUCUGUAUAGCAGGAUUAAUAAUGAGUAGUGAGGUCGGCAACUCUAUAAAAUCGAUUAGAUGUGCUGGAAUAAUGAUUUUUAGUGAUAUAAAUGAUGGAGUAACAGAUAGCGACGAUGAUGAGAUAAAAAGAUGGAGAGGAUUAGAUUCUGUUAUAAAUAAUAUUACAACUAUUUAAAAUGGAUUAGGUGGGUUUGUAUCGGAUACUUAAAAAUAAUUAGAUUCAAUUAAUGCCAAGUAAUUAUAAGAUUAAUUCGCAGAACUAUCUGAAGAAAAUAAAAAGUAAUUAAGUUUAAAUAAAUAAGACUUGAAUCUAUUCCUAUAACCACCUAUUAUGGAACCAACAAUAUUCUUGGUUACAUUUCAACAGGAAAAACAAUUACUCCUUAAGAUUUAUAAGACGAGGUAAAAUAAGUUAAAGUUCUACCCUAAUCUGAGAUAUUUAAAAAUAUUUAUGAGAACAUUAUCAAAGAAAUAGCAAAUAUUAAAAAUUAUGGAUAAUAAUUGGCUGAUUAACAAGGAGAUAUAUCUAAUAGUUUAGAAGAUACAAAAUCAUCAAUCUAAAAUACAAAACAAAAUUUAGAUAAGGCAGCAACAGAUUUUCUUGAUAAUACAGAAAAUCUAGAUAAUAUAAGCAAUCUUGCUUAACUUAUUUUUUAUAUUAUAUAUGGUGUUUUUGGAUUGUUUUCUUUAAUAAUUACUGCCAGUUCUUCUUUUCUAUGUUUUGGAAAAGGAUUAAAAUGUUUUAAAUGUCUUUUAGUAUGUUCAUGCACUUUUAAUUUCUUGUUUGUUUUAAUUGGAUUCAUUUUAAGUGCUAUUUUAGGAGUAACAAGUGGAGUAUUUGCAGAAGGAUGUGAUUAUUUUGAUGUACUUUUAACAAAUUAAACUAAAUUUGAGAAUUUAAAUUAUGCCGUCUAAGAUAAAGAAAUAAAAGAUAUAAUGACUAUAUGUCUAUUUUAAGAUGGAGAUAUUCUUAAUUAUUAUAAAGUUUAUGAUGAUCUACGUUAAGCAAUAGAUUUAGAUAAUUCAAUAAGUGAAUUUGCUAUACAAUAACAAGAAUUUGAAAGGCAAUCAAAGGAGGGAGAUGCAACUUUAAAAAUUAAUUCAGAUUAUAUUGUAUCAUUUACGAAGUUUGAAAGAGUUGAUGAAAAAGAAUACACUCCUCCAUCUGAUUCUACAAAUAUUAAAUAUGUAAUGAGAGAAUAAAUUAAAACUUGUAAUAAUAACAAAAAAAGUUCAGUACCUGAUAAAAUGUCAUAUUGUGAUUCAACAGCUAUUUAAUAUUAACCAUUAUCAGGAGGAUAAUUUUCUAAUCCAAAUAAUUAACCUGUUUGUUUUUAAUCAGCAAUAUUUUCAGUUGAUUAAAAUUUACUAAAUUAAUAAAUUUCAGGUUGUGCUGAAAUUUCAAUUGUAAAUUAAUUUUAUACAAAUUAAAAUACAUAAUGGAAGCCAGUAUAAGAAUAAGAGACAUCUAUUUUAAAUAAACAUAAAUAAAAUUAGGAUGCAUUAAGAGCUAAAUUUAAUGCUAUAAAUUAAUAUACAUCAGCAGCCUCUAAUUAUUUAAAAUCAAUAACAGAUAAAAAUACAGGAGCAUUAUCAGGGGUUAAUUGUAAAUUUGUUUAAGUAUUUUAAUUAAUAUAAUUCAAUUAGGCAUCUAUUACCAGAGUUUAAAAUGUGAUGUGUGCUUAAUCAUUUAGAUUAUUUUAUUAUUUUUGGAUCUUCUUUUCUAUUAUUUCCAUAUCUAUGUGGCUCGCUGCAAUAAGUAUAUUUAGAGUUAGUAUUGGGUAAGAUAUUUUGUAACUUAUUAGAAUAUACUAUUUAUCAAAAGUUGAAGCUUAUCUAUAAGGAGAUUAUGUUAAUGGCCAAUAAAUGCAAACAAAUAUACCUAUGGCUAUACCACAAUAAGAUGUUACUGGGUAAUAAGGAUACGUUUAUUAACCUGAAACUUAACCUAUUGUAUAUGAAAAUAAGCCAUAUCCAUAAAUAUAAUGAUUGUUUUUUAUUGCCA